AUGAGUCAAGAGUAAUGUUGUUGUUGCAUUUGCAAUAAAUUCUUACUCAAUGUGAUUGAAUUUGGUUGAGAAAAUCUUUGGGAAUAGGUUGGGGAGUAUCAAGCGUUUUGCAUGAAUGAGUGAUCAAUUUGAUUUGUUCUCCUUUCUUUGACUUAGCUUUCCAUUCUUUCAUGGAAAUGCAUUAUUUGUAGAAAUAUUUUCCAUGUUUAGCAUAUUACAUUCAAGCCAUGUUUGGUAUAUGGGAAUAUGAAAUGGGAAUGAAUAUUUUGUUUCCAUUCCUAUUUCUUAUUGAAUGGGAAUGAAUUUCGUGGUUCCAUUUUUUGUGUUUGGAUGAACCUAGGAAUGUAAGGUUAGAAUGAUCGAUUGUUUACAUUUUGGGGGUGUUUGGUAUGCGGAAAUAAGGAGUGGGAAUGGACAUCCCAUUCCUUUUCUCCCUUAUUCCCAUGUUUUGAUAACUUAUAUGAAGGUAGGAAUGGAAUAGAAAAUGAUUCUAGUAGAAAUGAAAUCCCACUUAUAAGUGGGAUUUCAAUUCAUUACUCAUAGGUGAUAUUCUGAUUCAUUCAUCCCAUGACAUAAUGUAAAAUAGCCUAAAAUUAACUGCUAAAUAGUAGAUUUGAAGUGGUUUUUGGAGCUCAACUAUUGAACUAACUGCUAAAUAGGAAUUAAGUACUCUUUUCCUCUUUGUUUUGACUCAAAAAGGGACUGGUGUUCUACUCUAUACUUGUAAUUUGACAAGCAGAUGACUGGAUAUGAAAAACUUAAGAUAUCAUAGACUAGUAACCUGACCAUACCCAGGAGAUUUCAUUCAUCCUUCAUAUUCUUGUCAGACACACUUGAAUGUUGACAGUAUCCGAAAAAGAUGGUUGAAUUUUGUUAUAAUUUUGGAGGUAGGAAUGCUGCUAGAGGUUGCCCAUCUCAAUACAAAUAAUAUUGUUAUCAUUGUAUCACUAGUUCAGCAAAUCUUAAACUAAAAUCUUGAGGCUGUUUAAAUAAUCGCAAUUAGUUAUCAGCAACACGUUCCUUUAAAAAGUUGGCUACCCAAAUACACCUAUUUGUGUUUGUCUCUUCCAUGGAAACCUCUAUAAAUCUGUUGGUAAAAAAGAGGAGGAAGGCUUGGAAGGCUGCUCCGUUGUGUCUGUUUUGGGCUUUAUGGCGGGAGAGGGAUAGGAGGGCUUUUGACAACUUUGAAAGCAUGCAUCAAACAAUUAAAAAUUCUUUAUUGUAUCUAUUUUGGGAUUGGAUUAGAUUGUACAUUGAUGAUGGUUCUUUAUUGUUGUUAGACUUUGUGGAUUGGGUAGGCUCUUGGUAGCACAUGGUAACGGGUUUUUGUGUCUUCAUGCCUUUUUUGUCUUUUGUUUUCUUCAUAUACAACAUGUAUACUUUCUUUCUUUUAAUACAAUUCUUAUUUAUCUAUCAAAAAAAAAAAUGGGAACCUCUAUAAAUCCAGUUCCCUUUUUCCCCUUCUGAUCCAAACCCUCCAACACAAUCAACAUACUAUUCUUGCUCUCUGCUUUGAACUCUUAUCACAACAGUUCCAUAUCUGUCUCCAUAGCCUCAAAUGGCUUUGAGAAUACUUGAGAUAGGCUUAGUCCUGGCCCUUGUGGCCAUGCUAUGAGGUGGAGUUGCAGCUCAGUCUAGUUGCAACAGGGUGGUCAUGGGCAUGGCCCCAUGCCUAAACUACAUUACAGGAAAUCCAUCAACCCCAUCAUCUUCAUGCUGCUCACAGCUUGCCAACAUCAUUCAAUCACAGCCUCAGUGCCUUUGCUUGGUGCUCAAUGGCAGUGGUGCGUUGUUAGGUAUCACUGUAAACCAAACUCUUGCUGUAGCUCUCCCUGGUGCCUGUAGUUUGCAAACUCCACCAGUUAGCCAGUGUAAUGCUGCCAGUGGACCUACAACUUCAGCAACUUCCCCAGGGAGCUCACCAGCAGAUUCUUCAGAUGAAACUCCUAAAGUUCCAACCACACCAUCAGAGUCGGGCAUCCCUUAAGGAGCAGGGUCUAAAACAGUCCCAUCAACAGAUUGGAGGUCAUCUGAUGGAGGAAUCAUGGAUUCACCUCUCCAUUUUGUAGUUCUUCCCUUCAUCACGUCAUGUGUUUCAACAUUCACUAGGUUCUGAGCUUUCUGUAGAGUUCUGGGGCUUGCUGUAGGAAUUGAAGAUGGCAUCUUUUUGUAGUGGAAUGAUUCUGAUUUGUGUUAUUUUUUUUUUUUGUUGGGUGUUUAAUACAAUAAUGAGGGGAUUUCUCUGUCUCUUUGAUGCUGGAUUUUGCAAACAUAUUAGCUUCACUUGUCAAAUAUUAGAACUUCCUUCCUCCUGAAAAGAAAGAAAAAGGAAAAUACAGUUGUGAACUUACAAAACAAAAGAAAUUGGAAUCUAUGAUAUAUUUUAAUAAUCAUUAGAGGUGGGCAUGACUAGAAGAAGAUUUCAAAAUCUCUUUUCUUCUCCCCUGUUUUCUUGACAACCAAACAAAGCUCAAGGGCACACUUGAAAACUUCAAAUCCUAAAAAUGAUGAAGUUGCAAUAAUGGUCUCAUUUUAACCUUACAUGGUAUUAGUAUCCCUACCAAUGCAUGGUUCAAAGAAAUGGUAUCAGUUCUCGGACACCAAGUAUUUAUUUUUAAUAAUGGUAUAUUUUGAAAAUAAAAAAUAAAAAUGAUAAAAGGUAAUUAGUAAAAAUAAUUAUUCUGAAAAUGAAUGGGUUUGAAUUUUUUGUGUUGUAACAUCGAAUUUAACUGUGAGUGGAUCAAGUCAAUAAAUGAUUUAUGUUUGAGUUGCAACCAAAUUAUUAUUGAAUCAAAUGAUACCAAUUAGGAUAUUGGACUCGUCAUGACCGAUGACCGAGUCGUAUACAACUCAGUCCAUCUUACUGGUAUUGGCUGAUACUUUGAAUCAUGGUCAAGUCACAUUGUAUAAUAUAGCAACCAUGUAUUGGAAUCAACCAAAAGAACAAAAAGAAAUCAUCUGCUUUCUUUUACAAUUGUGUGUACUAAUUUUUAAUUUAGAAGGAACUGAUGACCAAGAAGUCCCAUGCACAUUUAAUGCUAUGCACUAUGAUCACUACAAUCCAAAAUCCUAUUAAAAUAGAUACUUGGCUUUCAAUGGAUACAAUCCCAACAAUUGUGUAUAGAAGUAACUUCUCUAGUAGAUGCAGUCAACUUCCAUGAUGCCAGAGAUAAAUCCCAUUGAUGACACUAAGCACUUGACAUGCCACAUUUCUUUGUAGCAACAUCUAUCUUGGAAAAUCUUGGGGCCUGUAUGAAUCGCCUAAAUAGCUGCUAUGCUCCUUGUUCUUUUGUACUGUGAUUCAAGAAAUAAGUCCUUAAUUCUAGUAUCACAGUCUUGCUUAUAGAAUCCCUUUUGAGGGUUAGAAAUGAUUAACAGUUAGCUGUAUUUGUGAAUGAAAGUAGUGUUCAAGCUCAGGAGAGAAUUGAACCCUAGUUACUGGUCUGGGUUGAGAGACUUUAUGAACAGAACUGAACCUGGAUUUACGCUGUCUUCAAUUUUGUGAAGGGCCAUUACUGAUCUGCACAUCUGAACAAUCAUCUUGAUCAUUUGAACAAUUGGUUGUCCCAGAUGACCAGAUGGGCAUAUGGGACAUAUUGCAUAUUUAUUCAACCCAUCAUUUCUGUUGGAUAUCAUUUUGUAUGAUCAACAUGAUCAUUUGGAGCAAAGAGACCGGUUUUUUUAGUGGACGAUCCAAUGUUGUAGAUGCCCUCAGUAAAACUUGUUGAAUACACUCUUCAGUCAUUUCUGUUGGAAUGGUGUUAUAAGUUGGUCACCCAAAAGUACCUAAUGUAUCCAUCCUAGGGUCUAGGUUUUACAAACCUCAUCUCUUCACUUUUCCAUUCCAACCUAACCACUGAUCGUAGGUAAACAUGACAGUUGAGGGGUUUGUGAAGCUAAGAAGGGAGCUAAGUGAUUUUGAAUUAUUUGAAGGCUCAAAAUAAACGAGAGUGACUAGAUAUUUGUUACCCCCAUUUUCAGAAAGGUUGGUCACCCAAAAUACCUAUUCGUAUCAAUCCUUCUGUACAGCAUUCUCAUAUAUAACCCUUCACUUACCAUUCAGUUUCAGCCCUGAUACCAUACUACAUCUUUUACAUCAUCUUAUCUCGCAACUCUGCAUGGGUACAAGGGGGAAUCAGAUGGGUCUAGCCCUGGUUUUACUGACACUGCUUUCGCAUGGAGCCAUGGCUCAGUCAGGCUGCACCAGGGUGCUUAUAGGCUUAGCUCCAUGCCUGAACUACAUUUCAGGAAAUUCCUCAACCCCAUCAUCUUCCUGCUGUUCACAGCUUGCCAAUGUGGUUCAAUCCCAGCCACAGUGCCUCUGUGCUGCUCUCAACAGUGGUGGUGCAGGACUUGGAAUCACCAUUAACCAAACUCUUGCCCUACAACUUCCAGGUGCAUGUAAUGUGAAAACACCCUCUGUUAGCCGGUGUAAUGCUGCUAAUGGGCCAACAGCUUCGGCUAUUUCCCCUGAGAGUUCUCCAGCAGAUUCUUCAAAUGAAACCCCUGAUGUAACUCCAACCACACAGUCACUGCCAAGCAUUCCUUCAGGAACCGGAUCUAAGUCAGUCCCCGCAACAGAUGGAAGCACGUCGAAUGGAACCAUCAUGGAGCUGCCUCUUACUCUUACCAUCUUGUCUCUCUUCAUUGCUUCACAUGCAUCCACUUUUACUGGAUUUUGAGAUUUCUAUGGUGUCUUGCGGCCUUUUCUACUAUUUGCAGCUGAUACCCCACUUCUUGCUGGGAGUCUGUCUGUAAUUUCUGUUUGUUUCUAAGUAAUAUAUGUUAGGUGUGUUAUAUAUAUGUAUGAAUGAGAGUGAAGCCUUUCCCACUUCCUCAUAUUGAUUAUAGACAAAAUUAGUUCACAUUACUGUAAUGAAGCUGAAUUCAAAUGAUCUAGAAGAAAUUUGACCAAAAA